CUUUGAGAGAGAGAGAGAGAGAGAGAGAGAGAGAGAGAGAGAGAGAGAGCUCCAUUUGGUACAGCCCACAGCUAGUAGCUCAAUAGCUCGCACGUACGUGCACACAAGCGUGGACGCAUAGAACCUACAGCCAUGUACGCCCUGACGCCGCGCUGCCACCUCCCGCCGAUCCGCCGGUCGCCACCGCCGUGCCAGGCCGCGUCGACGACGUCGCCGCCGUCACUGUCGGUCCCGUCCCGCGCCGACCCGGACGAGCUGCGGUCGACGUGGCCGCAGCGCGCGUGGACGCUGGCCGGCUCGGCCGCCAUCCUCUCCUCCAUGUCCACGUCCGCGUCCCUCGUCGCGGCGGGCUCCAGCUCGGCCGCGGAGCCGCUCGCCGCCGCGUUCGCCGCCUACUCCCUCGCCGACCUCGCCACGGGCGUCUACCACUGGUUCGUCGACAACUACGGCGACGCCUCGACGCCCGUCUUUGGCUCGCAGAUCGCCGCGUUCCAGGGCCACCACCGCUACCCGUCCACGAUCACAUUCCGAGAGCCGUGCAACAACCUGCACGCGCUCGCGCGGGCCGUGGCACUCGCGCUCGUCCCCGUCGACACCGCGCUCUCCGCCGCGGGCUCGCCCGCGGCCGCGCAUGCGUUCGCCGGCGCGUUCGCUGCGUGCGUCGUGCUGAGCCAGCAGUUCCACGCGUGGGCGCACGAGAAGCGGCGCAGGCUGCCGCCCGGCGUCGAGGCGCUGCAGGACGCCGGCGUGCUCGUGUCGCGCGCGCAGCACGCCGCGCACCACCGCCAGCCGUACAACACCAACUAUUGCAUCGUCAGCGGCAUGUGGAACGGGGUGCUGGACAGGUACAGGGUGUUCGAGGCGCUGGAGAUGGUGGUCUACUUCCGGACAGGCGUGCGGCCGCGGUCCUGGGACGAAACUGACGCGUCGUGGAAGGAGGACACCGGCGCUGUAGCCGCCGCCUCAGCCACCGCCGGUGAUGAUGGUUUGUUACACACAGUGACAGCUGACUGAUGAUACCGCGAUAUGUACAUGCAAAAAGCAUACAGCGACGAUGCAGUAACUAUGACGAUAUACAAGACUAUUAAGGUAUAGUGAACACUGCUGUUUUAAUUCCUGGGAUUAAAAGAUUCAAGACAUUUUUUUGGGGAGGAACAGUACUACUCAAUCGGUGGCAAAAUACUGCUGAAGCCAAAAUUUUUGUUCUUUCUUUUUUGUGUUGGUCCCAGCAAGUAUUAUUUUUCUCUUGCUUAGGCUGUGUAAAUCUUAUGAUGUAAUGUUGCAGCCAGAUUGGGAAUAGAGAAGAUUGGUGAUCUUCCUUU